CGCCCGACAGUCGUCCUAAACCAAAAUGACCCGAUUCCUACUUACACAGUUAGAAUUGGUUGAGGAAAAGAAGCACCCGAAAGCUCCCAGAAUGAACGGCACACUCCUUUCGGGUCGUUUUCUAUUGACCCCGAUAGAAGAGAAUCCAUGAUUGUUAAUCAACGUGCUUCGUGUAAUUUGCGCGUUGGGCCAAUGACAGAGACAGAGACAUAUCGUCAUUGCGCGAUUGAGCAACAUAAAUCUACUAUUCAAGCUCUUCCAAAAUCCCGUCGAUAUCGAGACAAGCUCUAAUAGAUGAACAAAGCAUCGUGCCCUCAGUUGUACUUAUCGCAGGAAUUCGGUCAGGAAUCAGAUUCUUCAUAGUCGUCACGAUGGCGGAGCAGUCACCCGAUUCCUCGUCUGUCGAAAAGGUGCGCGACGAGCCGCUCGAUAAGCCGCAGCCCGAGCUACAAACGUCGAGCAGCGCCAUUGUCUACCCGUCAGCCUGGAGACAGAUUAUUAUCGUAAUUGGUCUUCUUUCCGGUGUCUUCCUCGCUGGUCUGGACGUUAGUAUCAUCUCUACGGCCAUUCCAGCAAUCACGAAUGAGUUCAAUUCCCUUGCAGACGCAGGCUGGUAUGGCAGCGCCUUCUUUCUUGCGGAUGCCGCGUUCCAGUCCAGCUGGGCCAAGGCCUACAAAUACUUUGAUAUUAAAUGGGUUUUCAUCUCGACCGUGAUAUUCUUCGAAAUUGGUUGCCUCGUCGCUGCUUUGGCGCCCAACAGUCCGGCUUUGAUUGUCGGAAGAGUCAUUCAAGGUGGUGGCGCGGCGGGCAUCAUUCUAGGAUGUUACUCGAUCGCCAACUUUGUGAGUCCUGCGGACAAGGUGCCUCUCAUUAUAGGAAUGAUAGGUACUACGUUUUCGAUCGCAAGUGUGAUAGGACCCGUUAUCGGAGGUGUUUUUACGUCGGAUGUCUCAUGGCGCUGGUGUUUCUGGGUUAACCUUCCUAUCGGUGCAGUGCCUUUGGGUUUAAUUCUGCUAUUUUUCAAGACCCCAGCACAAGCAAAGUUAUCUACAAAGACUUCUGCCAAAGAGAUAGCCGCUAGCUUUGACCUCAUUGGAGCUACCCUUUUCAUCGCGGCGUUGAUUACCUUCAUCUUAGCAACUACGUUCGGAGGAGUCACCCAUGCCUGGAAUUCAUCCACAGUUAUCGGCCUUCUAGUAGGCUGGAUAUUGUUGUCUAUUGUCUUUGUCGUCAACGAAUUCUGGCAAGGUGAAAGAGCACUCAUCGUCGUGCGUGUGAUGAAGAACAGAGAUAUGUGGGUGAACUGUCUCUACCUUUUCAGUCUGUACGGAGCAUACUUCUCGAUUGUAUACAAUCUCCCUACUUACUUCCAAGCUACCGCUGGUCUCUCGCCUAAAGACAGUGGAAUUCGGACGAUCCCGAUUAUUGGUGCAACGUCAAUCUUUAGCUUCGCUGGAUCCGUAGCCGUUGGAAAGUACGGGAAAUACUCUCUAUUCAUGCUUGUAUUUACCGCUAUCACGGUCGUUUCAGGCGGAUUGAUCUACACUUUUGAUGUGGACACUAGCCUGGGAAAGCAGAUCGGCUAUCAGAUCUUGCUCGGUGUUGGUGUCGGGCCUGUCAUCCAGAUCCCGCCCAUCGUAGCUGGUAUUGUCAAUAAGAAUGCAGAUAAAGCGCUCGGCCUAGGCUCUGUACUUGUCACACAAUUCGGCGCUGCUUCCUUGGUCAUAUCAGCUGCGUCCGCCAUUACGAAUAACUUGCUGCUAAAGAAUAUCCCCAUCUACGCACCCGGCGUGGACCCGGAACAGGUGUUGGGAGUAGGGCCCUACGAACUUCAUAACUACUUUGAAGGUGACGCCCUGCACGGGGUGAGGAAGGCGUACGUAUCCGGUCUCCGGGGCGCAUGGGCCUUAGCCAUUGCUUUGUGGGGAGUUUCAUUCUUCACGGUUUUCCUCGCAAAGUGGCCAGGACACAUGACCCCCGCACAAGAAGACCCAGUCUCGGACGAGCAGAGUGACACGAAGGAGAAUGUUUUACCGGCCACGGCGUGAACAGAUGAAGCAUCUGCAAGGCAAAACUCGUAUGGGGCAUUGGCAGGGAGGAGUAGAGCAGAGGUCGGCCGGAAUAUAAUUUGGUUGGGUUUAUUCGCAUACAUGCAUAAAAAAUUAGAGCUUAUACAUUAUAAUUCAAACUAGAGUUUACAUGUCAUGUACCUUGGGUAGUCUUAGUAGGUAGAUAGUGGC